AUGCAGACAUGGAGGAGGACAUUCGCUACGUCAAUCGCGAGACUUGAUCACAGCGGCAAAGCAGCUGGCCAUGUGCUGCGGUGCGCGCAGCUCCUGCAGGCGACGAGGCAGGAUGGCACGUCCAGCUUCCAGGACCAGGAGAUCAGAGUGCAGGGGUUCAUCCGGUCCGUGAGGAAACAGAAGCGUUUUGCGUUUGCCGAGAUCUCAGAUGGCUCGACGGUUAAGCCGGUGCAGGCUAUCUUGACCCCGGGGCAGGCUACCGAUCUAUCGACUGGAACGGCCGUUGAGAUAUCGGGGCUUUGGAAAGCGUGUCCGCCUGGCAAGGAACAGACGCACGAGCUUCAGACGACGGAUGUGACGGUAGUUGGCGCAGCUGAUCCGGAGACCUAUCCUAUCCAGAAGAAAUACCACAGCCCCGAAUUCCUACGACAGAUCCCUCACCUUCGACUCCGCACGCCGUUCAACUCCUUGCUCGCACGGUUCCGGUCCGAAUGCAGUUACCAGCUGGGGAAUGCGUUUCGCGACCAUCGCGCCGGCGGGUUCACACAGGUGCACGCGCCGCUGAUCACCAGCUCUGACUGCGAGGGCGCUGGGGAAACGUUUACGAUACUGCCGCGGGAAUCGAUGGGGACCGACCCGGAGGUCAGCGGGCAUUUCUUCCGCACCCCGAAAUACCUGACGGUGUCGUCUCAGCUGCACCUCGAGGCGUACGCGGCGGAGCUGGGCAGCGUGUGGGCGCUGACACCCGUGUUUCGCGCCGAAAAGAGCGACACGCCGCGCCAUCUCAGCGAAUUCUACAUGCUGGAAGCCGAGGUGAACUUCAUGCGGGACCUCGGCGCGCUGACGGAUCUGGUCGAGGAUCUCAUCCGCGACCUCACGCGCCGUCUGUACGAUACGCCGGUAGCGCAGGAGAUCCUCUCUACGAAGCGGACGGGGGAGUCCGGCGGCCAGGAAGGCAGUACCCAGGGAGACGCCCUGCGCCAGCGAUGGUUGGGUCUAAUGGAAGGUCCCCGGUGGCGGCGCAUCACAUAUACCGAGGCGAUCAAGAUGCUCCAGCACGCCGUGGAGCAUGACGGUGCGGUAUUUGAAUACGCGCCCAGCUGGACGGGCGGGUUGCAGCUCGAGCAUGAAAAGUAUAUUGUCGAGACGAUCUGCCGGAACCAGCCGGUCUUUGUGACGGAUUAUCCGGCGGCCGUCAAGCCUUUCUACAUGCUUCCAUCCGAGGGGUCUACGGGGGUGAAGUCGCAGGAGGAUUCCACGGUCGCCUGUUUUGACCUCCUACUGCCCGAAAUCUGCGAGGUGGCCGGAGGCUCGCUGCGUGAACAUCGACUGCCGAACAUCAUCGAGAACAUGCGCCGACAUGGACUGAUCAAGCAGCAGGAGGAGGAUGCCUCGGAGGGCGCCGAGCGCAAACCAGACGGACAAGCCUAUCCCUAUACCUCUCCCGAUGAGGACCUGGGCCAUCUACAGUGGUACGCCGACCUGCGGCGCUGGGGCACGGCGCCGCACGGGGGGUUCGGGCUGGGCUACGACCGCUUCCUGGGUUACCUGGCGGGGGUAUCGAGCGUGCGUGAUGUGGUUCCUUUUCCACGAUACUUUGGACGGGCUGACUGUUGA